CCGCGACACACACGGCGCGACGCUACUCCGCCGUUACCACUUGCAAUUGGGGUCGCGCGCACAAAGAGGCGAAUCGUUGCCGGACGAUCGUCGGAAUUUCCUCGUCAAAUGUUCGAGCAUUUCUAUUUCUCGCGAAAUUGCUUGUCGAGCGAGAGAUUAAUUUGAUUUCGCGCGCCGUGUCGAGUGUCUCUCGGGUGAAAUUAUUAUUUUUUUUUUUUUUUCCCAGGCAACAUCGCACGCGGGCUUCCGGUGGCGCCAGUGUCGUCGCUGUGUCGGCAGAGAGUAAAGAGAUGUGGUGUUGCGUGACUGGGUGUGAGAGACAUAGCGCGUUUGUUGUGUGUUUGUUGUGUUACGAGUAUAAGCGAGUUUAAAUUGUAACGUAAUCUCCAUCGGGAAACGUGCGCGCGUAAAUACGAUUAACAGACGGAAAACGUACGGGGUGGAGGAAUCGCGAAUCUUGAGAGAGAGAGAGUCGCUCGAAAGAAAGAACGAGAAAGAGUGAGAGAGAGAGAGAGGGGGAAGAGAGACAGAGAGAAGGAGAGAGAAGUGAGACAGACAGACGGACGGAGCGAGCGAGCGAACGAACGAAAAGACGCAUUGCGAUUUGGAGAGAUUUUUGAGUCGUGUUUGCGGCUGAAAUCGAGGAAUUGAUAAUCGUCUGCACAAAUCUCGAAGCGGAAAAGAGCAUUAUGUCGUCCUACAUCCAAGUAGCCGAGGAUGAGGGCGAGGAACCCAUAGAAUUGCCCACCGAAGACGAUAAUACGCUUCUGCUGACCACCCUAUCCGCCCAGUUUCCCGGCACAUGCGGCCUCAAAUAUCGCAAUCCGGAAUCGCGAACGAUGCGCGGCGUUCGGUUGGUCGACGGCCGUCUGCAUCCGCCCGAGAACGGCUGGGGCAAAGCGAUCUACUUUUGCGUUUUCCCGAAAGAGAACAAACGUAAAUCUGAUGACAAUUUGGAAAAUUCCACAGCUAAGACUAAAAGAAUGGAAACAAAGUUACGUUGCACUGAUUUGAUUGUACUUGGUUUACCAUGGAAAACAACAGAGCAAAACUUGCGUGAAUAUUUCGAAACGUUUGGUGAAGUUCUGAUGGCACAGGUAAAGAAAGAUGCCAAGUCAGGACAGAGUAAAGGAUUUGGCUUUAUUAGAUUUGGAAGUUAUGAAUCACAGUUGAGAUGUCUUGCUCAGCGUCAUAUGAUAGAUGGCAGAUGGUGCGAUGUCAAGGUGCCUAACAGUAAGGAGGGAAUGAUUCAGCAAGUACCCUGCAAGGUAUUCGUCGGCCGCUGUACAGAAGACCUAACAUCUGAUGACCUGCGAGAUUACUUCUCCAAAUUCGGCGAGGUCACGGACGUGUUCAUCCCGAAACCCUUCCGCGCAUUUUCGUUUGUCACUUUCCUAGAUCCCGAGGUCGCGCAGUCACUUUGCGGCGAGGAUCACAUUAUUAAGGGCGUGUCGGUGCACGUGUCGAACGCUGCGCCCAAAUCUGAGGGCAACAAUAAGAACUUUAACAAUCAAGUAAAUGCAAACAUGAGAGGCCGGGGUGCGCCGGGACCCGUGGAUAACAAUGUACAAGGCAAUUAUCAGGGUAAUCGUUACAUGGGCCAUUCGGGCAACAAUAUGGGCCCAAACGGUUGGAACAAUCCGGGGAAUCGCGGCAAUCUUGACAUGCCAAAUUUGCAGGCUCUGGGCAUCACCGGACAGAAUAACGGUGGCGGCGGGGGCGGUGGAAUGUCGAAUCCAUUGGCCAUGGGCGGUCUGAACCUGUCCGCGUUGCCAGUCAAUCCGGCUCUGGUGGCCGCUGCCUUAAACCAAGCGUCCUGGGGUCUUAUUGGAAAUCUACAGAACCAGGGAAACGACCAGGCCUAUUCAAACCAGCCGGGCCCGCCGGGCCAGCCGCCCUCCGGUAACAACAGCAUCGGCAAUUCCGGUAACUCGGGUUUUCUCAGCUGGAUGAAUCAGGGCGGCGGCGACGGCAACACCGGCAAUCCUGCCACCGGCGGUCCCGGACCGAAUAACCCGAACGCGUCCCAGGGCGCCUGGCAGAAUCAUCCGGGUCAGCGCGACCAGAAGUCGAAUACCUUUCUCAAGUACGAGUAAACCCACCCGGGGCCGUGGGUCUACUCGUAAAACCAAACGGAUCGUCCAUCCACGGGUCCCGACGCAAUCUUAAUGCUGCUAACUGAAGAUGGAGUUACUGCGGCUUCGAAUGUGGUGUUGCCACAUGAAAGGGUCUGAGAGCCUAGACACGUACGUUGACGUUCUUUCUAAUGUUUUGCACUAAUCGCCACUGCGCGUGCAUUAUAUUAUAUUAAAGAGACCCUCUCUCCACUCUUCACCAAUUUCAUCAAUUAGCACAAUUCCGUUCGUCGAGAAAGAGAGUUUAUAUAAGAAUUAUGCAUUAACACGGAUAGCUCCGAUUAUUCUGAAUAUGUGUGCACCCCGGCUUUUGUGUGAUUUGUCUAAUCUAAUGAACGUACGAUACCGGCAUGAGUAACAUCGAUAUGUAUGAAAUGAUGAUUUAAUGUGUCUGUGAAGAGUGUAGAGUUGUGCGCGUGAGCUUUUAGCUCACUCAGAUUGUGUACCUAUUCGACAUAUAUACAUAUAUGUGUUUCGAGCUGCGCUCAAUCUAGCACUACAAAUGCUUCAGAGCAUCAUUUUAUCUUUGUUGAUUAUCUGAUGAAAAAAAUAAAGAUUUAAUGUUGUUUUGAAGUACUUGAAGCUUGCUAUUCUGACUGCAGUUUCAGUCUUAGUUGUAAAACUAUCGAUUGUCAUCGGCUUGUAAACCGGGUUUGCGUUAACCAUAUGUUUACAUGUUACGGAAUAUCGGAUCUGAGAUCUCCGUUCGAAGAAAGCUUGAGCUGCUUUAUCAUUAUGAUGAAACCUUGUAGUGACACUUGAUGAUGUUUGUAUGUGUGUGUAUAUGUGUGUGCGUGUGUGUGUGUGUUUAAGCAUUGAAUAUGCGUACAUACGCUAAUCUGAAUUGAUGAAAAAAAAUCGUACAUAUAUACAUAUAUAUUGAUAUUAUAUUGGAUUAUAUAUAUAUAUAUAUGUGUACAUACACAUACGUGUAUAUAUACAUAUGUGUACAUAUAGAGAGAACGAAAAAUCGAUAUAUCGUUAUAUUCUUCUGUUGCGUAUAUAAUUUUCAGAUCUUUUUCUUUUUGUUUCGAUUACGUAGCAUCCACCCACCGAAUCAUUGUUAAAUUUUAAGAGUCCAACAGCUCAAGCCUUCUUUCAUCAACAAAUCUCAUCAGGAAAAACGGAGCUAUAUGAUAUGUAGCGCGACAUAUACUUAAAAAAACGUUUCUUAAAUUAUUAGAUUUAUAAUCGUUAACCGAAUAUUUUUUCUUCUUCUUCGUCAUAGAAAUGUGAGCGUAACGUACAAAUAUUGAAUCACUAUCGAGCGCAAUAGACAAUACUAACCGAAGCUAAAGUCCAAUUGCUUGACUUUUGUCGACUGGAAAGCUUGGAUCGUUUAGAUGUUAUUUAAAAAAAAAAUGUUUAUUUUAUGUAAUGAAAUAUAUAUAUUUACGUAUAUAUAUUUAAAUCUCUAUCGCAUUUUGACAGUUUUAGAAACUAGUUUGCAUAUUGAUUUUAAUAAAAUUUCUCUACAGUUAUUCUCGAGCCAAUAUUUACCGAACACGUUUCUAAUUAAUGUAAAUUUUGCGUUGUAAAAAUAGUCGACUUCUUUCAAAUCUUAUUACAUGUACAUAUAUAAAAUUUGUAGCAAUUGCUUUUGAACUAAUUUUUGCUUUGUAAAGAUGAAGAGCAAAGGCCUUGUCACAUACGUAAUCAUCUUAUCUCGUGACUUUUCGUAAUAUGUUGCGGUUGCGCCCGGAAAAAAAAAGUGCGGACGUUGUAACUUUCUGAAAGAUUUCUAGUCCUGAGAGAGAGUAGGUGACGUUUUAAUAAUUCCCGGAUUAAAUUCAUUGAAUAAAAUCCUCGAGACAAGAAACGAUAAUACGAAAAAGAAAAACGGAGUCAAAUCUGAAAUAAAUCUAGAAGAUAAAUAAAACUAAAAAGAUAAAUGACGAUGAAACUGAAGAGUAUCGUCUCUCGUCUUAGACGAGAGAAAGCUGAGAUUAGUAAAUUCUUAUCCUAUACUUGGAAUGCUUACUCUUGUGCGUAGGGAGUAUGAUUGUUUUCUUUUCUUUAUUUUUCAUUCGAGUGAGCAUUUCAGUAGUUUACAUAGAAUUCGCUGACCUCAGAUGGAAAAUGUUCUUUAAUCGCAGUAAGAAGUUACCUUCAUUAACUUAUCCAUGUCUUGCAGUAGUCAUUACCCGCUUCGCAACAGAUUGCUGUUUGCUGGAAUGUUGACAAAUUGAUUCUCUUUUUUGAAAAAAAAAAAAAUAAUAAUAAUUGAUAUAGUAUUUCUAUGACUAAAAAACGUGAUUAGAUAUGACUGUUUGAAAUUGGUAUGAAUGUAUAUCAAAAUAGUUGUAAGAUUUUUUAGAGAAUGAUCGUAGCUAUCCGUAUAGGUACAUUACUAUUACGAUUAAACUUUUGUUUCAUAUAUUUCGAGUGUAACACAUAGUUUAUUAUGUGAGAAUUUUACACUAGUGCGUAAGUGUGUGUCAAAUUAUUGCCCGGAAGUGUGUGUGAAAGGAAGCAUUUGAAUUUUGCAAUUUUUUUUUUUUUUUUUGUAUUUUAAUUGAAUGAUUUGCAGAAAAAAAUAUACAAGAAAACCGGUUUAGAUGUCUUGUAUGUUUAUUAAUUGAAAAAAUCUGAGUAGAUAUCUUUGAUGAAAAGACUUUCGAUUUAAGCCUAUUUCCUAAUUAAACAAUAAAAAAAAAACACACAAAAUAGCUUAUACAGAGAAUAUUUAUUUUUCAAAAACGAAGGAAAAGAAAGAGAGCCAUAUUGAUAACACGAGAUAAAAUGAAGGAUGCAAUAUCACAUUUUCCAGUUAAUUAAUCUGAGAGCUUUAGCAUACGGAAUAUAGUGUUAUGUCACAAUUGAAAACUUAAAGAACGUAUUCAUUACCGCGACAUCACUGUGUAUUGCAUUAUAAAAGAAAAAGAUUAUUUAGCUCUGAGAAUAAAAACUAAUUAUAUCUUAUGAGUAUAUUAAUUGAAAAAAUAAAAUAAUUAUCUAUAUAUAUAUAUAUAUAUUAUAUAUAUAUAAAAAAGAGAAAUGUAUUGUGCUUUUUAUUUGUCGUGCAGUGAUUCUCAUAAAAAACUUCCUACUUGAAAUACACACUACCUUACUAUUACACAAAUUAUAAUACUCUCUCACACUCUUUCUCUCUCAUUAGCGUGAAUUCUCUCGUCAUUAUGCGCGUGACGCGUGUACAGCAGAGAGUGAAUUCUAUACUAUAUUGUAAUGCUCAUCGCUCCUCAUUGUUCGGAGACUCGGCCACAAAUGAGAAAAAGGGCAUAAGGGUUGCCGAUUUGCCAUUUCUUUCUCUUUCUCUAGUGAAUUUUUACUUCACAAUUUUUUGUACAUACGUCUCAUGUUUCUUUUGUUACCUAAAGAAUGGUACUUUCUGUCUCGUUUUUUUGGGCCGUUUUUUUUUUUUCGCAUCAUCCCUCAUUGCGGCGAGCAUUCCAGUAUGGCGUUCAGUUCACUCGUGUACCAGAUGAGAAAAUUUAUCUCUAGUUUAAAGAAAAAAAAGAACAGAAGAAAAAAAAACGCCGAUUGAAUUGGAUUGUUCAAAGCGCGUGUAUGUAUAACGGUUGAAUGUAUUUGUUAACGGUCGUCUCAGAACUACAGGCGUGAAAGUUUUUACUACUUAGCAAAAAUGAUAAUGCCUUGUGUCUAAAGUGCUGAAUAUUCGUGUAUGUGGCGGCGCGAGGUGAGGAGAGCAAUGAGAUGAUUGAGAACACAAAAAUAUAGUAUAUAUACAUAAUAUACCUAUUAAACAAAAAAAAAAAAAAAACAAGGGCGAGUGUACGGAAAAUUAUGAUUAUAUAAGUCUUAGAUGAGAGUGAGAGUCGUCCAAUGUGUGUCCGAUAUUAUACUUAGACCGAAAAAAUAAAAAAAGAGGUUGUUUAUAUACAUAUAAUAUACAUAAAAAGAGAGCUAAAAUCAGAGAUCUCGGUGAGGAAAGAUGGGACAAUUUUGUGUGUGGGGUUGUUUGGUAGUGAUUGUGCAUUCUUCGUAAGUCUGUGAAUUGUUAAAUUGAUCUACACACAGAGAGACUGUAGUUUAAGACAACUUUUAACAGACACCGGAACCGCGUCUAGCUUAUCGCUGAGGCACGAAUGUUGGCGCUUUUAGUUUGCUAAGAUGCGCGCGAAAAUAUUUUUCAGGGAUAAAUAAAGUUUUCUCUCUUCUUCUAUAAUAAUAAUAAUAAUAAUAAUAAUAAUAAUAAUAAUAAUACAAACCAGUAAAACUAGAGUAUGAAACUUACACGGAGGAAAUAAAUUUUAAUAUCAUUGAUCGCGUAUGAUGAACAGUUAAAGUCAAUUGAUCGAGCUCGAACAUUCGUGCGUGAGUCUUCACGAUUUGCGGGAUGCUACGUAGUCUGACAAUUUGUACAAAGUUUUCUUGUAUAGCAUGUAUAGACCGCAUGCUGCGCAACUGUUUAACGGGAAGUGCGCAGAAUCGAUAUUCUAUUAAAAAAGAAACGAGUUCUUGGAAAACCGAGAUGAGAAAAUUUUUAAAUCUGUAACGAAACGAUAAUAAAUUUCUCAAUUGUCAGACCACGUGUCUCACAAGUCGUUCGAAACACAGCGAUGCCUACAAUAUGGUAGACAUCUCUCUCUUCGUGAUCCCCUCAAUUAAUUAACGCGUAUGAAGCAAGUGUUUUUGCGUGCGAUCAGAAUGCUCACUGCUCAAAGAAUGCCUUGCAGAGAAAACGAUUCGGAAAUGAUCUACGAGGUGUGUAAAUACGGAUUUAAUGUGUAAAACCAACUUUAGUAUCGCUCAUGAAAUGUAACGAAUUUUAUUGUAGAAUUAGUAGAAUCUCUGUAAAUCGCCCGAUAUUGUUGUGUCCCUUCCCCAAGUGGAGAAAGAGAGAGAGAAAAAAUGAAGUUAUACAUGAUAAGUCCGAUACGUGUGUCGUGAAACGUUGUCGUGUUGUGAGAAUGUUGAUUUGUUCGUCGUCGUUGUUGGAGGGAGUGAUUUUUGAGACGCGCGUCGAGAAGAGACACGUGGUGAGAAAAAAAAAAAAACAAAACAAAACCGCGCGAAUAUCCGGCGUUCUUUUACACUUUUGAAAUACAAAACGAGGAUGAAUAUGAAGAGAAUUUGACCGUCGAAAAUUUUUUUACGAGUACGCGAUGAUGAUCUCACGAUUUUGUGUACGUGCGUUGGCGUUUCUCCGCAAUUCGUGCCGGCGAACCGACCUUACCGUGAAAUUAGAAAAACAUUUUCCGAGUUUAAACACGCGGUGAGGAAACAAAAUACUCAUUGCUCUUCGUAACGUUCUCCGUUGAUUGUAGUGUAUGUUAAAAACUAUGCCGAGAAUAAAAAAUCCAAGCACCGCGAGGUAUUACACAUUUC